AUGGAUUCGAUGGAAACAGAAAGUGUUUGUUCAAAUAGUUCAUCUGAUAUCAAUAUACCAAAGGAUUAUAGUUUAUCUUCAACAGAUAUGAAUAUGAAAAGUAAUUCUGUUGAGACAAAUAACAACACAAUCAGUAAAUCGAUGAAGCUGAAUUUCGGUGUUGAAAGAUUGCUAUCAAAAUGUGAUAGACAAAUUGAAAAAGAAGAUCCAAUUGAUGAUAUGAUAAUGAAUAAAAAUUUAAUUAAUAAAAAUAUUUAUUCACCCAAUGUUCACGAUAAUGAAGUGCUGUUGAACUUAAGUGCCAAUAAUAUCAAUGAACCGGAAAUAGGAAAUCAUCAAUUAGAAAUAAAUUUAUUGCAUCAACAACUUACACACAUAAAUAAUGGAUUAGCAAAUCAAAACUUUGUGUUGAAACCAUUUCCGAUACGAUUCGGUAGGAAUCACAAUGGUAGGGUUAACUUCAUACAGAGCUCUAUAAAUUUUAUUAUAACCAAUUAG